UUCUGAAAUGACUUGUGUACACUUUCCCUUUCCCUUACCACCUAAGGAAGGCCAAGAAGUGCUGGAAUUUUGUUCAGUUAAACAGUCACUUAUACUCUCCUUGUUUCUGGUGCUCAGUUUUCUCAGAAAGAUUACAAGCUCCUGGGGGCCAGGAAUCUCAUCUUAUAUUUCUGUAUUCACCACAACUGAACAUUUUCAAUUGUGUGGAGAGUGGGGAAGGAUAUUUAAAAGCUUUUUAAAAUGCUAAUAACAUCAAAAACUAUAAACAGUAUAAAACAGCUCUUAUGGAUGAUAGACUACAUGUGUAAUCACUUAAAUACAAUAUAUAAAAGAAUAUUUGCUUCUGGAGGAUAUUUAUGUGAAUGGAAUUUAGGUAGCUUUCAUCAAACUCUGAAAAUCUGUGGAGACGCAUGGUGGCGCUGCAGGAUAACAUCGCUGGGGGAGAAAAACCAUUCUAUGCUGGAUGAUGUUCUGGACAUUGUUACCCAGUGCAAAAAGAGCACUAGGAAGACAAAAAGAACAAGGUUUCAAGUGGCAAACAUAAGCCUCUGAAGAUUCGGUGGACAUAUCAGAGGCACCUUACCCAGAAGUGGGAAGGGUGAAGCGAUUCUGCAGGAAGACUUUGGGAAAGGAGCAAUGGAGAUUGGAGGGGCAGGCGUUCUGCAGAUAAGGCAAGUCCUGCUUUUCUUUGUUUUGCUGGGGAUGUCUCAAGCGGGGUCUGACUCUGGGCGCUUCUCAGUGGCAGAGGAAAUGCAGAGUGGGACCUUUGUAGGCAAUCUGGCAAGAGACCUGGGGCUGGAAGUGGGUGAACUAUUCUCCAGAGGGGCUCGGGUGGUAUCUAAUGAUAACAAACAGCGAUUGCAGCUGGACAUAAAUACAGGGGAUUUGCUCUUAAGUGAAGCACUAGACCGGGAGGAGCUCUGUGGCUCCACCGAGCCCUGUGUGCUGCAUUUCCAGAUAUUAAUGAAAAGCCCCUUGCAGUUUUUACGGAUUGAGCUCCAGGUCAAGGAUAUAAAUGAUCACUCUCCUGUCUUCUUAGAAAAAGAAAUGCUCUUAGAAAUCCCAGAGAAUAGUCCUGUCGGUGCUGUCUUCUUACUAGAAAGUGCAAAGGAUUUGGAUGUAGGAAUCAACGCUCUAAAAAACUACACAGUAAGCCCCAACUCUCAUUUCCACAUUAAAAUGAGAGUCAAUCCGGAUAAUAGGAAAUACCCAGAGUUAGUUCUGGAUAAAGCGCUGGAUUAUGAAGAACAGUCUGAACUCAAUUUCAUCCUCACCGCUCUGGAUGGCGGGUCUCCGCCUAAGUCUGGGAGUGCCUUGGUCCGGGUGGUGGUCGUGGACAUUAAUGACAACCCCCCUGAGUUUGAGCGGCCAUUUUAUGAGGUGAAGAUUUCAGAAGAUAGCAUUCUCGGCUCACCGGUUGUCACGGUCUCAGCUUGGGACUUAGAUUCGGGGAAAAACGGGGAAAUAUCAUAUAUGUUUUCCCAUGCCUCAGAAGAUAUUCGCAAGACAUUUGAAAUUAACCAAAAGUCUGGAGAAGUGAGUUUAACUUCACCCUUGGAUUUUGAAACAACUGAAGCAUAUUCCAUAAUCAUUCAAGCCACAGAUGGGGGAGGCCUUUUUGGAAAAUCAACACUCAGAAUUCAGGUGAUGGAUGUGAAUGACAAUGCUCCUGAAGUGACUGUGUCAUCAAUUACCAGUUCAAUCCCAGAAAAUUCUCCGGAGAUUGUGGUUAUGGUUUUUAGUAUCCGAGACAGAGACUCUGGGGAGAAUGGGAGGAUGAUUUGUUCUGUUUCAGAAAACCUCCCGUUCCUGCUAAAAUCUUCAGUUGAGAAUUACUACACGUUGGAAACGGAAAGAAUGCUGGACAGGGAAAGCCAAGCGGAGUACAACAUCACGAUCACGGUCACUGACAUGGGAACUCCCAGGCUGAAAACCGAGCACAACAUAACCGUGCUGGUGGCCGACGUCAACGACAACGCCCCCGCCUUCACCCAGACCUCCUACACCCUGUGGGUCCGCGAGAACAACAGCCCCGCCCUGCACAUCGGCACCGUCAGCGCCACAGACACAGACGCGGGCGCCAACGCCCAGGUCACCUACUCGCUGCUGCCGCCGCGAGACCCGCACCUGCCUCUCGCCUCCCUCGUGUCCAUCAACCCCGACAACGGCCACCUCUUCGCCCUCACGUCCCUGGACUACGAGGCCCUGCGGGCCUUCGAGUUCCGCGUGGGCGCCGCCGACCGCGGCUCGCCCGCGCUCAGCAGCCAGGCGCUGGUGCGCCUGCUCGUGGCGGACGCCAACGACAACGCGCCCUUCGUGCUCUACCCGCUGCAGAACGCCUCGGCGCCCUGCACCGAGCUGGUGCCCAGGGCGGCCGAGCCCGGCUACCUGGUGACCAAGGUGGUGGCGGUGGACGGCGACGCGGGCCAGAACGCCUGGCUGUCGUACCAGCUGCUCAAGGCCACGGAGCCCGGGCUGUUCGGCGUGUGGGCGCACAACGGCGAGGUGCGCACGGCGCGGCUGCUGAGCGAGCGCGACGCGCCCAAGCAGCGGCUGGUGGUGCUGGUCAAGGACAACGGCGAGCCGCCGCUGUCGGCCAGCGUCACGCUGCACGUGCUGCUGGUGGACGGCUUCUCGCAGCCCUACCUGCCGCCCCCGGAAGCGGAAGCGGCGGCCGCGGCGCCGGCCGACCCGCUCACCGUCUACCUGGUGGUGGCCUUGGCGUCGGUGUCGUCGCUCUUCCUCUUCUCGGUGCUGGCGUUCGUGGCGGUGCGGCUGUGCAGGAGGGGCGGGGCGGGCUCGGCGGGUCGCUGCCCGGUGCCCGAGGGCCACUUCCCGGGCCACCUGGUGGACGUCAGCGGCACGGGGACCCUGUCCCAGAGCUACCAGUACGAGGUGUGUCUGACGGGAGGUACUGUAACGAAUGAGUUCAAAUUCUUGAAGCCGAUUCUCCCCAAUCUCUCGACCCAACGCCCUGGGAAAGAAACAGAGGAAAAUCAUACUUCCUACAAUAGCUUUGGGUUCAAUAUUCAGUGACCAUAGUUAACUUUUAUACCUAAUAUGUAUGUUGUUUUAUGCUCCUUCCACACCAUCGUUAUUUUCCCCCAAAUAUGCAUUUGAAAUUGUACUGUUACUUUCAUAUCUUCGCAUGUUGUACCCAUCUUCUAAGUGAAUGCUUAUUUUUGUGGUUGUAAUUAUUACAAAUAAUAAUUUAUUCUCUAACCAAGGAGGUCUUAAUUCAUAAUUAAUUAACUUGCCUUACACCAAGUAACUUUUUUCUCAUGGCUCCCUCUUCAGUUGAACUUUCACUCACAAUUAUGCUUUUGAUAAAAUAAAGCAGACCACUUUCAAAGUA